AUGACGAAUUGGGGCAAAUUUUGGCCUGGCUCACCGCUGCACUCCAGGGUACCACAGUGGCUAAACCUGCACUCCGAAACAAUGGAAAUAAUGUUGCGAACCGCACAACCAGUAAAGACAGGCUAUCUAAAGCCUGGAAAGGUCAAGUUGACUGCAAUCUAUCCCGCCAAACGCCCUCAUUACCAAGGUAAAGAGAAUACUAAACCAAGAUUUAAGUCGGAACUCCUUCGAAGAAAGGGAAAUCCGGAGAAACGAGAAGAUCGUCAAGGAGUCCCUACUCAGUACAUCAAAAUCCUUCGUGAGCUGUACAAAGAUUUCACAACCAAGGUAUCACUAUUCUACAACGAUAUUAACAUUGACGUCAAAAGAGGAGUUAGGCAAGGCGGUUCCAUCUCGCCAAAAUUGUUUACCGCCACACUCCAGAACGUCAUGCAAACAUUGGAAUGGGAUAAUAUGGGAAUGAAAAUCGACGAUUGGCAGUUACGCCAUCUUCACUUUGCUGAUGACAUCGCCCUAAUAACACCAAACAUUGGCCAAGCGUAA